UUGAAACAAGAUGGCGGUCCUCGCACCGCUGUGUGUGGGGAUGUCACCCUCAGCCUUCCUGGGCUUCGGGCGUCUGUUUACGGAGCGUUAUUGUUCCGGGAGCCCGCUGAGAUGUUUGACGCAGAUCUGCAAACGAGGUUACUCCGUCAAAGUCCGGCAGGAGGUGGAGGAGGAGGAGGGUGCUGGUGCGGGCGCCGCCGGGGGCUUCUCCGGGCCUAUGGAUCACUACAGCGGGCUGAUCAGGGACGGGACGCUGCGGGAGGACGAGCACCAGAGAGCGGUGAUGCGGAGACUGGACGAGCUGCACAAAACACUGAGAGGAUACAGCAACACUCCCACAUCCAUCUUCUCCAAGUUUUUCCCAAAACCCAAACCUCCACAGGGCUUCUACAUCUUUGGUGACGUCGGCACGGGAAAAACAAUGGUCAUGGACAUGUUUUAUUCAUAUGUGGAGACGGAAAAGAAAAAGCGGGUUCAUUUCCAUGGCUUUAUGUUGGAUGUGCAUAAAAGGAUCCAUCGAUUAAAGCAGAGUAUGCCAAAGAGGAAAGCAGGUAAAAUGGCCAAAUCCUAUGACCCAAUUGCUCCAGUUGCUGAGGAGAUCAGUGAGGAGGCUUGUGUUUUGUGCUUUGAUGAGUUUCAGGUCACUGAUAUCGCCGAUGCCAUGAUUCUGAAGCAGCUUUUUGAGAAUCUAUUUCUGAACGGAGUUGUUGUUGUGGCAACUUCCAAUCGUCCUCCUGAAGAUUUGUAUAAGAAUGGGCUGCAGAGAGUCAACUUUGUGCCUUUUAUUGCCGUGUUGCAGAAAUAUUGCGAAACUCUUCGGCUGGAUUCUGGGAUCGAUUACCGCAGAAGAAACAGACCCUCCGCUGGAAAACUCUACUUCCUCUCAAGUGAACCUGACGUAGAAGCGACUCUAGACAAGAUGUUUGAUGAGCUGGCUUUCAAGCAGAAUGACAUUACACGACCGAGAGUGAUGAAUGUCCUCAACAGAAAUGUGCGUCUGAACAAAGCUUGUGGUACCAUUGCCGACUGUACGUUUGAGGAGCUCUGUGAUAGGCCUUUAGGGGCCAGUGACUACCUCGAGAUAUCCAGGCUGUUCGACACCCUCUUUAUCCGUCACAUUCCUCUGCUCACGCUGAACAAAAAAACUCAAGCCAGGCGACUCAUUACGCUCGUGGACGCUCUUUACGACCACAAGGUGCGGGUGGUGAUUCUCGCCGACCACCCUCUGGAGGACCUUUUUGUGCUCGACGGGGAUCGCGGUCAUGAUGAGAGCCACAUUCUCAUGGACGAUCUGGGGCUGAAAAGGGACGAGGCCAGCAGCCUGUCCAUAUUCAGCGGAGAAGAGGAAAGGUUUGCCUUCCAGAGGACGGUGUCUCGGCUCACAGAGAUGCAGACAGAAGAAUAUUGGCUGGAAGGCGACAGAAGCACAAAGUCGCAGGUUUAACAUUUGAGGAAAGUCGACCACGUUACACAAAGUCCAGCCUUCACACGCUGUUCUCCUCCGGACACUACUCCUUCUCUUCCAGCACAAACCCAGUGGUACCGCUGAACAGUGUGCGUGCAAAUGUUGUACAGAAGAUAUUUAUCGAUAUUUUAAGGUCUUUUAUCACUUGAAUGCGACAUUGCACUUACAGACAGUGUUCUAGAUGAGCCUCUGGGUGUCAUAUUGCUUUUAACUCCAUCUCAAACAGUGGUCCAACUGUAUUUAUUUUUAUAAAUAUUGGCGAAGAGGCCGGAUGACUUUUGGAAAUGGAUUUCCAAUUGACUUUUAUGUUAAUUUAAGUUUUAAGGGACAUUAAUGAAUCUCCAUCGUGGGUUGUGUAUGAAUCUCACACAAGUCUAAAUACAGUGGCAACAGAUUGGUCUUAAAAUAUUUUAGGCUGAGUGUUUAUUUCUGAUGAUUUAUGUGGACGGUGCUUUUGAAAUGUCACACGUGUACUGAACAAAGACAUGAAAAGAAACAAAUUGUACACAGGAAGUGUUUUUAAUUUUCAUAUUAUGCGUAUUAUUUAUGCAAAUGUCUUCAUAAAUGAAACUAAUAAGGGUUAAGGUGUGGGUGUGUUGCUGAUUUACAUGAAUCUUUUAUGUGCUUUACAAACACGAAGACGUGUGGGAUGUGAAAGUGAGGGAAAAAAACUUCAAAGUUUAUCUCCUGUACAAACUAAAGUGUUUUCGCUACAGACAAACGGUUAGUGGUAUUUAAAAUGUCUUUUAUUUACUGGAACCUGAUGUUAUUUUUGCAAAAAACCUGAAUCUUAUAUGAAUCAUACAAUUCUGGGAUGUUUAACCUUGAAACUUCUUCAGUCCACUUUAACACAAACUUGUUUCAAGCACCCAGCACAAAUGUUUCAUUCUGAGUUUCUUUCAAAUGUGGAUUUUCAUUCUUUCAAAUCUUUGUUGAAAAGUAAGUUUGUGUUCUUGCAACAUCCAGUUUGUCCUAAAAACCAAACCAGUCAUGCUGGCAUGACAACGACAGCAAGAACAACAAACAACACCCAGCAGCACUGUAAACAAUAUCUGAAGAGUGAAAUCAAGUCAAAUUCUUUUGGUUCAAUUAAUCAAGUGACUCAUAUUUAUCUCCACGCUGGCAAAACAGUGAGUAAUACCAAACACAUCAAUCAUUUUUUUUAUUUAACUUAAUAGUUAAUUAAAAAAGUUUCAAAGUUAAAA